CAAAAAAGAAAAAGGAAUGAAGAGUAGAAAGGAAAAACUGAAUAGGAUUUGGGCCAGUUCUAGCUGCUGCCUGUGCUGCUUGCUGCCGCCGCUAGCAUAGCCAGUCCCAACUGAACCGCCGGCUGGACCACCGUCCGCGAAAUCCGACAACCUGAAACAUAAGCUGAUGGAUCCGAACCCGCCGAAAAGCUGGAGCAUCCACACCCGACAAGAGAUCAUCGCCAAGUACCAGAUCCUGGAGCAAGUAGGCUCCGGUGCCUACUCCGACGUCUACCGCGGUCGCCGCCUCUCCGACGGCCUCACCGUCGCCCUCAAGGAGGUCCAUGACUACCAGUCCGCCUUCCGCGAGAUCGAGGUCCUCCAGAUCCAGAACACCUCCCCGAACGUCGUCGCCUUGUACGAGUACUUCUGGCGUGAGGACGAGGACGCCGUGCUGGUGCUCGAGUUUCUUCGGACCGACUUGGCCUCGGUGAUCAGGGACGCGAAGAAGAACAGCAGCGAUGGUUCUCUUAGCGUUGGGGAGAUUAAGCGGUGGAUGCUGCAGAUUCUGGAUGGGUUGGAGGCCUGUCAUCGGAAUUUGAUCGUCCAUAGGGACUUGAAGCCCGGGAAUUUGCUAGUCUCCGAUGAUGGCGUGCUCAAGAUCGCCGAUUUCGGUCAGGCAAGGAUUCUCCUCGAACCUGACAAUGUUGCCUUAGACAGCAAGAUGCAGCCGUAUGAACAGAAUGACCCGGAUCAACAAGGUAAUGUGAAUCCAAAUCUGGAAAUUAUGGGGAAAGAAGAAUACUUUAGAGAGCUUGACGAAUUCAAGCCCAGAAAUCCACAUCUCGAUGAGGCCGACAAGGAAACAAACUCUUGUCUUGCUACUUGCACGACUAGCGACCUAGAGGAUGACCCCUUCAAGGGCUCUUCAUACAGUCAUGAGCCUGAAGAGGGCGAUGGAGUAGAAGAUGACAGAAUAGGUCCACUUACAUCAUGCGUUGGGACCCGCUGGUUCAGGGCGCCGGAGCUCCUCUAUGGAUCCACCAACUAUGGGCUCGAGGUCGAUCUUUGGUCCCUCGGAUGCAUCUUUGCAGAGUUGCUCACAUUGGAACCCCUUUUUCCAGGAGUUUCUGAUAUCGACCAGCUGAGUAGAAUUUUCACCGUUCUGGGCAACUUGUCUGAGGAUGAUUGGCCUGAAUGUUCUAAACUCCCAGACUACAAAACAAUCUCGUUUGGGAAGGUGGAAUGUCCAACAGGCAUAGAGUCUCGACUGCCCCGUCGGCCUGCAGAUGAGGUCUCCCUGGUCAGAAGGCUCCUCUGCUAUGACCCAACUAAGAGGGCUACUGCUGCUGAACUCUUGCAGGAUAAGUAUUUUACGGAAGAGCCACUUCCUGUUCCAACCUCAGAGCUGAAGGUUCCUUCGACAAAGAUCGGGCAUGAUGAGGAUUCUCCAGGCGGGUUUUAUGAGUAUGAAGACAUGGGGUCGGAUUCGGAUUUUGAUGAGUUUGGGCCAUUCAAGGUCACCACAUCCAACACUGGUUUCUCGAUACAAUUCCCAUGAGGAUGAAGGCAUCUGGGAUUUUUCAGUUUAGCCUGUACUGGAAAGACUCGUCUACAUAUAAACCAGGUCAGUUGUAAUUGUUUGGACAGUCGAUGUUUGUUGGAGCAUUGGGGUCAGAUGGCUAGACAGAUUCGAUAUAAACGAAAAUGACGGUCAAGUUCAUAAAUUUCUUUGGACAUUGCUGGUGUUGAGCAAUGCUUGUAUCGGUUUCUGCUCUCUGUACCUUCAAGUUUCUUGGGUGGAGGCAAUUGUUCGUCCUGUAUUGUAUAAGCAUUGGGUCAUUAAUCCGAGCAAGACUCUUUCUAACUUGAGCAAGUCGUUCUGUAUUUGUGUAAAAAUUGAUACAUAUCAGAGCGGUUGAUUUUUGGUGUCCUCUUUUGUUUUUGGGUUUACAGGUGAAUUGUGCAUAAGUGGGAUUAAUAUUU